UGCAAAUAGCAUAUUUUCUUAUAUUCAGUAUUGAUACAAAAAUAUCAUAAUUUAUAUACAUGCUUAGAUGUGGUUGGAUCCUCCGCACCAUCCCCCUUGCCGUGACCUUGCAGCAUUACGGUGAUAACUUCACGGUAUCCUCACGUGCCUGGCAUCGUAUCUCGGAAAAGAAUCAAGAAGAGGGCCUUCCUAACGAUAAACGCUACCUGCGCCUUGCCAUUGAUUCUGGAGGCUGUCAUGGAUAUUUGUAUAAGUUUUCCCUCGAGACAAUUGAUGCCUUGAACAAUGAGGAGGAUCUGUUGUUGAAAGAGACGGAUGUGGUAAGCCAAGACGAUCCCAACUUCAGCGGAGCUGACCCACCGCCGCAGUUAGUUGUGGAUAAUAUCAGCAUUAGUAAGCUCCAAAAAGCGGUUAUAGACUACUACAGCGAACUAAAAGGAGCAGCGUUUGUAGUAGUGGGAAACGAAUUAGUUGAUCAAUCCUGCGCCUGUGCGCUGUCUUUUUCACUGAAACCGAAGUCAAAAAGCGCAUCUGCGGUGGCGGCAAGGACUAAUAAUAACGCACAUGUUGGUACAAAUACUAAGCAACGAGUAACCGCAGUACAAGACGGUACUGAUGAUUUGAUCCAGCCAACUAAAAGUAAUAUCGCUAGACAUCGAGCCAUCCAGCGUUAGUCAAUAUAUAAUAUAUAGGGGGAUGUGGGAAAUAAAGAGACAUAAAAAAUGCUGUGAUAGGUCUUUGUUACUUUGCAGUUUAUGUUUUAUCCUUUUGAAAAUUUGUGUAUUGGAUAAUCAAUAUUUUAUUGUGUUAAUUGCUCGUUUUUCGAUUUUGCUUCUGGUAUACACUUAUUUA